AUGGGCGUAUUUGGAAGAGGAGCAGUCAGUAGGAUAUCCAUCCGAUCAAUUCAUUUGAGAAACACGACCAAUUUUGUUGUUCCUGAAAAUUAUAAGCCAAAUAGGUCAUUGCUCAAGCAGUUACCAUGGAAAGCAGGACUUGAUAUCUGGUGGAAGUCCUUGUCUCCAAAUAGACUCUCUGAUUUGCAGAAAGAUUUAGUGGAAUUUAUGCUACCCUCUCAUUUGCAAGAAAACCAGAGAAUAAUCAAAGAGUUCAAAAAAACAACUAUCGACGACAAGGGCAAUUAUAUCAAUGAGGUAGGGUUCAAGAUUAUAAACAACAAAGAUAAACCAACAAAGCAUCUUGUUUUCAUUCAUGGUUAUGGUGCUUCUUUAGGCUGUUUUGCAAGGAAUUUUCAAAUAAUCAACAAGUUCAAAGAUACUGACUACAACUAUCAUGUCCAUUUCUUAGACAAUUUGACGUUUGGCUUGUCAUCAAAUCCCAGAGUGAAUAACGAUACCAUAAAUUACUGGCGUAUCCCUGCUACAGCCAUUGUGAAGUUAUUUGAUAAAACUCCAACUGACUCCAAAAAGUUGUACCGGAAGUAUUACAAACUAAUUGAGGGAUACCAAUUAGAUCCAGAAAAUUUCGAAAAGUAUAGAUCCUAUUUUACUCCAAUUUUAAAAGAUCUUGAAAACUUUUACUGCUCCGCGAUCGAGAAGUGGAGAUUGAACAAUGACAUUGAAAGUAUUGAUUAUUUGGUUGGUCAUUCAUUUGGUGGGUACUGGUGUGGCAGUUAUGCAUUGAAAUACCCUGAGAAUGUUAACAAUUUAGUUUUGUUGUCUCCUGUUGGAAUCGAAAGACAUGUUCAAGCAGUCACAAAUACAGACCCAAUUUCUGAUAGAAUUGAGGUGCCUACACUUGACCCUACUUCUUACAAAUUUUUAAGCCGGUUGCCUAUACUAUCCAAAAAACACAUUCUCAGUUGGUAUUAUAAACUCCCACAUUUACCCAGAUUGUUACCAUUUCUCGGACCUUGGGGAGCUCAAUUGUACUUUAAAAUGUGGAUGGGAAAGUUGUACAAAAUAAACAAACUUAUUGACAAACAUGGUGGCGCUCAAGCAAUUUUCAACAGCAACAACGAUUUGGUUUAUGGUAGUGAGAAAGAGCUCACACUUAUAAUUGAAUAUCUCUAUAAUUCCAUCACCAGCGGAACUAAUAGUGACAUUUACAGCAGGUAUUUAUUAACAACUGCAACAACAAGCAAAUGGCCGUUGUAUGACAAAUUCUACCAGGCAGUGAAAGAGGACCCUGCAAAAUUAAAGUUCAAAUUUCAUAUAAUGUACGGACAAUUUGAUUUUAUGAAUUCUGAAGCUGGUGAAAAAUUGGUAAAGUUGUUGAACGAGAAUAAAGUGGGYGCCAAGUAUUACGAAAUCAGUGAAGGUGGUCACAAUCUUUACAUUGAUAAUCCGUUUGACACUAAUCAAAAAAUAUUUGAGAUUGUUCUGCAAGAUGCUACCAAAGCUAACAACAAUGACUAG